AUGGAGGUGUUUAACAAAGAGCUAAAAUAUACUGAUAUCCAAUUUCAGUUCUCAUUCCCAUCUCGUUCUUUACAGUAUCUUGAUUUCGCAGGGGAAUUUUUUGUUGAUUUGAAAGUCAAAGACAGCAGCGGUAAACCUCGGGUGAUGCGUUGCAGGAAGAGAAAUGGAGAUUACGACAAGCCAGUGCUUUCUGUAGGCUGGCUUCAAUUUGUUGCCGACUAUGGACUGAGAGUUGGUGACAGGGCUGUUCUUCUUCGUGAGGAUGACCAUCGCCUCGGGUCACAGUUCAGGAUUGAAGCAAAGAGAAAAAUCAUCUUGUUUGGCAAGGAGGUUUGGGGUGCUGUGCCUCGAGCUAACUAG